AGGACGACUUGCAAAGUUUUCCAAGUCGUCCCCAAUGACCCUCGCUCUCGCUCCCGAUCCAUAAACCCUCAGCGACCCAUCAAAUCCAUCCACUCACUGACUAGCUAGCUCAAGAGCGACUAAUUCAACUCCAAUUCCGCCAUGGCCGCCGCCACCGCAGCAGCAGCAGCAGCGGCGGGGGGUUUGUCCCCGUGGGCGAGCUUCGUGGAGGAAUCCCUGAUCAUGCCGGGGCGGAACCCGGGGCUGUUCCUGCGGCUCGUCGCGCUCCUCUUCGCCCACACCUUCGUCUUCCUCUCCCUCGCCGUCCGCUCCGCGCACCCCGCCAUCCUCUCCCUCCUCUCGCUCCAAACGGACCCGCGGCCGCGGAGGAGAUUCAACGGCUUCGGCCGCGACCGCUACUCCGACUACUACUACCCGUCGGCGACCGGCGGCGGCGACGAGGUUAUGGAGCAUGGCAGGACGCUGCUCCUCGUCUACCUCGCGUACCUCGCCAGCAAGCUCGCCGCGCAGGCCGCCGUCGCGCUCGCCGCCUCCGCCCUGGCGCGCGGCGGCAGGCCUUCCGCCCUCCGCGGCAGGAUCGGGAGCCUCGCCGCCACCGCCGCCUUCCUCGCCGCCCUCGAGCUCGCAUCCACGGCGCUCCUGGCCGCGUGCCUCGCGUCCUGGUGGGCCACGACCUACGACAGCACCGCCAUGGCGGCUUCCUUCGUCUCGGGAGCCCUGCUGUUCGUGCUCCUCUGCGUCGCCGUCCCCGCCCGCCUCUCCCUCGCCGCGGCCGUCCCGAUGGCCAUGGCCGCCGUGGCUUCGUCCGCGCCGGACGUCCUCGGCGGGCCGAGCGCUCUGCGGCGGGCGUGGCGGCUGAUGGCCGCGAGGGAGAGGAGAAAGGAAGCCGCCGUGCUGGUGGCCGCGGCGGGGCUGCUGCCUGUCGUGGCAUACCCGGUGUACGCGUUCGCGCUCGCCUGCGAGCCGGGGCCGCGGGACUCCGUGUUUGUGCUGCUGGCCAUGCUGCCCGGGUAUCUCUUCCCUUCCGUCGCCGUGCAGCUCUACUCCACCGUGGCCGCCGCCGUCUUCUACCACCGGUUCGGCGGCCCUCACGAGCCUGCUGCUGCCAUUCCCUUGACCACCGCCACGAAAGCCAUAGCUAGCUAGCGGCCCUGCGCUCUCUGCUGAGACGGUGGACCAUGGCAUUCUGCCAACACAUACGUACACCGGCCGACACAUUUCUUGUGCAAAAAUUGUGUCGUAGAGAUUUCGAGGUGGACCUAACAAUUACGAGAGGGACUAUUCACUUAUACCAACUACUUUGGUGUAGUUGAUUAAUUCUUUUUUAUUUCUACUUACUUAGUGCAAGCUUUCGGGCGGCAGAGCCACUCAUGUUAAAGCAAGUCUUGAAUCCGGGCGGCUAUGCCACUCACGUUGAAA